AUAACAUACUAUAGGAAGAAUCUUAGAAAGGAAAUUCAGGAAACCUCUGGUGUUCCAUCGAAAAGUGUCCAAGCGUCGAAACCAGCUCAGGUUCAAGAUCCCAUUGUUUCAAAGGAGAGUCUUGAAGAAAAGUCUGGGAACAUAAAAAAUGAUGAAAUGAGCUCAGAGAAGGUUGAAACUUCAGGAGGUAAUGAGGUGCUGAAAGAUCCUCAAGAAGAUGCAGAAUUGUCUCAAAAGUCUGAUACUGAAGAGGGACAGACGAAAACUGACAACUAUGAUACCACUCUGGAUAUGCCAAUCCCUCUGAGAAAGGGAACCAGGUCAUGUACAAAAUACCCUUUGCAUAGUUUUCUGACCUAUAAUAACUUAUCUCCUGGUUUUAAGGCUUUUACUACUCAGCUAGAUGCUCUAACAAUACCUACCAGUGUACAUGCGGCCAUAGAAGUUCCCGAGUGGAAAGCAGCAAUAAUGGAGGAAAUGAGAGCUCUUGAGGCAAAUAAGACUUGGGAGUUAGUAGCUCUCCCUAGAGGUCACAAAACAGUUGGUUGCAAAUGGGUGUUCACAGUGAAGUAUAAGUUUGACGGAACACUCGAAAGGUAUAAAGCCAGGUUAGUUGCUAAAGGGUUCACUUAGACGUAUGGGAUUGAUUAUUCAGAAACUUUUUCCCUAGUGGCUAAGU